CAGUGCACAGCGAUUUGACUGAACGCGCCCUGCCUUCACCUGACCUGCUGUCAAGAGGCGAAAAGCAGCUUGUGACCAAAACAUGAAGAUCUUGAUGCUGCUGUUGUCUCUCUUAACCCACUUUGCAUUUCCAGUGAAACACUCCCUGAAGUAUGUGCUCACCUCUACUUACGGAAUCAAUCGUGUCCCACAGUUUUUCGGUGUGGCAAUGGUUGACGAAGUUCCGAUGGGUUACUGUGACAGCAACAGACCAACCCCAGAAGCCAAAACGGACUGGUUGAAAAGAAUUUUCAAAGAGAAACCUAAGCACUUUGACUGGUACGUUGGCAGCUGUUUGGGUAACCAGCACACAUUCAAGGACACUAUGGACACCUUGAUGCAGCGUUUUAACCAAACUGAAGGUGCCCACAUUUUCCAGAGGAUGAGUGGCUGUGAGUGGGACGAUGAAACUGGAGAGGUUAUAGGUUUUAUGCAUUAUGGUUAUGAUGGAGAAGACUUCCUUGCAUUCGACCUGAAGACACUGACAUGGAUCGCUCCGAAACCACAGGCUUUCAUCACCAAACUGAGAUGGGAUGCUGAGAAAUCUAGAACAAAAUACAAUCAGAAUUACCUCGCUCAGAUUUGUCCUGAGUGGCUGAAGAUGUAUGUGGACUAUGGGAAGAGCGCUCUGAUGAGAACAGACCUUCCCUCAGUGUCUCUCCUCCAGAAGUCUCCCUCCUCACCAGUCAGCUGCCAUGCUACAGGUUUCUACCCUAACAGAGCCAUGAUGUUCUGGAGGAAAGAUGGAGAGGAGAUUCAUGAGGACGUGGACCACAGAGAGAUCCUCCCCAACCAUGAUGGAUCCUUCCAGAUGAGUGUUGACCUGAACCUUUCAUCAGUCCCACCUGAAGACUGGAGGAGAUACGACUGUGUGUUUCAUCUCUCUGGUGUGAAGGAUGACAUCGUCACCAAACUGGACAAAGCAGUGAUCAGGACCAACUGGGUUUCUCCCUCACAGUUUCCUGCUGGUGCUGUUAUUGGAGUUGUUGUAGGACUGCUGCUGCUGCUGACACUCUGCAUCACUGGACUCUGCAUCUGGAGAAGGAACAAUCAUGGAUUCAGACCUGCAAACACUUCUGACUCUUCAGCGUCAUUGGACAAAAAUUUGUCACCUAACUGAUCACAGCUCCCACUGAAGAUUAGAUGAAGACUCCAGUAAAGUUACUGUUGCAUCUAAAGUGUUAUUUCUUUUCUAAAAAGCAUUUUAUUCAAAUUUGCAUUCAUUCAAAUGUACAUAUUUAUUUUAUUUAUUUGAUCAAAAUCAAACAAUGAGAUGUGAAGUUACAGAACCUGUCAGAACAUCACAGGAUGAGUCAAACUGCUCAAGUGUGAAUCUAUUUACACACCAAAGAACCAAAGAAGAUCAUUGAAGUGACAGUCAGAGCUGACAGAAGCAUAACUGUGGAGGAAAAUCCUUCAGGAGUACAACAUCUGGAGAAAACUGAGGAUGCCAUACAGCUGCUUCUGCAGACUCUAUCUGGAACACUUAUCAGUGUUUUACCUUAUCUGGUUUAUAUCAUUAGUCAAGACUUUAAUGCUGACCCAUAAGAAUUUGUAAAUUUGUUAAUAAUCUUGUUAUUGCAUCAGUUCCUCUGGAGAGUUAAUGACCUGUGUGGUUGGUAACUGAAAAUGUAAUGUAAAAAGUGUAAAAGUACAUUUACUCAAAUAUUGCAAUUCUGAGGAACUUGUACUUAAGUUAAACAUUUUCAUUCUAUGUUACUUCAUUCUUCCCCUCCACAACAUUUCACCAGAAAUAUUUUAUUUUCCUUUUUUUUAAAAAAAAAAAAAUAGUAUUGUUACUUUACAGUUGAUGUAUUUUAAGAUAAGAUAGAACAUUGUGUCAUACAAAUUUGAUGAUAAUCUUAUUAAAUGCAAUGUUUUGGAUGUAAAGGCUCAGACACACAAAACUGACUUCAGAGAGCUAGCAGCAAUGAACACCCCCUGCUAUGUUGCCUGACGUGGCCAUGUCUCGACCAAAGAAGUUGCACUCCAACACAUUGCAAAGACGACGGUCAACCAGCACAUAUGUUCAGCACCUGCAUGAGAGUAAAUAACUCUCCACACCAGCAGUCUGUAAUCCUCAUUCAAAGAGGGAAAGCUAAAGACUGUCUUGAUGCUAGUUAGCCAGUUAGCACAUUAACAAUCCAAUCCAAUGCUGAACAACAGAGCAUAUUUACCAUGCGCCAGUGAACAGUAACACAAACCAUCACAAAACGUUUCUGCUAGAAAGCUCAUGGCUAACGAAAAAUAAUCUUACCUUAUGUGAAAAGUUUGUUUUGGUCUCACUCCCUCUGGACUUUUGCUCUUUGUUUACUUUCCUCACUUUGUUUCUCUUCUCUUGCGCUGAGUUGAACUGCCAGUCAGAGUUUUUCUUUCGCCAUCAGGCUCCGCCGCCAAUUCAGCAUGCUGAAUUUGGCCAAAAAAGAGCCGAUGGGGCAGAUGAGGGGCAACGCUGCGGGAAAUACUGCACUGACAAGGGCGUCUGAUGCUCGGCAAUGGCCCAACUCUGACCAGCAGCUGACCGUGUCUGGUGUGUCAGGGCUUUAAUGUUAUAGAUGAAAGUGUCAAGAGAUGGUGUGAUUUUACGCCAGGCUAACAUACUUGUUAUUCUUAAUGUAUUAUUACCUAAAUUAGUCUGGCUGUAUUGAGAUGUUUUAAUCAUGGUUUAAUUUCACAACUGUGACAAACAAUGCUGAGGCUGAGGGCAAACAUUAUCGUUACCUGACUGUCCAUGACGGCAGGUCAGGGAGAAGCGAUGCAGUUCUGCAGGGAGUUUGAUUUGUGCGUAGCUGCCACAGGUGAAGUUAAAGAGGGAGGGGCAGGGGCUCGACUCAAAUGCCAUUGCUGGGCAUACAACACACUUUUAAUUGAGUAUCAAUGCCAUGGACCAAAUUAAAAAACUAUAAUAUGAAAUUAGAAAUAGAAAAAAACAUAAAAAUGAGCACUUGCCUGAGCACCACCUGGGGUCCAGCUGUGCAUGGGCCUGACAUGUAAUAGUCAAAAUUAGCUCCAGCUUGACUGGCUACAACAAAAAAUGCCACUAUACAAGUUAAUUUUCAGUAAUAAUAGAUAUAAAAAUUUGAAAGAGACCUGCACACUGAUUACUUUUACUAUUGAUACUGAAAGUACAUUUUGCUGGUUAUACUUGUGCUUAAGUUAAGUAUUAAAUGAUGGACUUUUAAUGUAUCUUGUAUGUUAACACUCUGUUAUUGCUACUUUAAUUAAGCAAAGCAGCUGAGUACUUCUGUCAC